AUGGGAAAAGGAGAAGCUGUGGUGGAAUUGAAACUGGCAUUCAGGCCAAACCCCUGUGAUGGAGUAGUGCUGGUUAAACACCAAGAGUCAUGGGGUUUUGUGUGUAAUGAAGUCUGGACCCUGGCGGAGGCCUCUGUGAUCUGUCGGCAGCUGGGCUGUGGGAGCGCGGUCGGCGCUCCCAAAUAUGUUCCCUUGCCUGGAGAGAGUCUCCAGCCAUGGCUACAUGGAGUUUCCUGUAAAGGAAAUGAGUCAACUUUCUGGGAGUGUGAUCUUGGGGAAUGGAGUCAGAAAAAUUGCUCCUAUGAAUGGGUUGUUGUAGUUCUUUGUUCAAAUGGAACCUUUCGGGAAAUCAAACUGCUGAAGGGGAACAGUCCUUGUGCUGGGCUUCCAGAGAUAAGAAAUGAAAAGGGCAUAGAUAGAUUGUGUGGCCUCCACAUGGAAGAGGCAACUGUAUUUUGCCAGGAGUUAAAAUGUGGCCCAGCUGUCCAAGCUCCCAGAGAAGGUUUGGGUGAAACCCAGAAAUAUAUGACUUGCAAUGGGACAGAGCCAACGAUCCGAAAUUGUAGGUUGAACAAUAAGUUCCGGAGCGGCUGCCAGCUUCAGCUGGAUGCUGAAGUGAUCUGUGCUGAACACACAGAAGUCCGGCUUGUUGGAGGCGAACAUCCCUGUGCAGGGCGCCUGGAGGUAAGACGCGGACUGAAGUGGGGCACGGUCUGCGACUUGGACCUUGACCUCCAAACAGCCCAUGUGGUCUGCCGAGAAUUAAGGUGCGGAGCAGCCGUCUCUAUCCCAGGAGGAGCACACUUUGGAGAAGGCUCUGGCCACAUAUGGGGGGAAGUCUUCCAUUGUGUAGGGAACGAGUCCCUGCUGUUUCAUUGUCCUCGAGAGUCGCAGCAGAGGGAGCUGUGCAAACACAGUCGGGAUGCUGGGAUCAGGUGCUCAGAAUACAGGCUGGUGAAUGGCAGCAACAGAUGUUCGGGGAGAGUGGAACUCCAGAUAUCCAUGGUCUGGGCCUCUCUGUGUGCUACUCAUUGGGAUCUGCAAGAUGCCAAUGUCCUCUGCCAUCAGCUUGAUUGUGGCCAUGCCAUAGCAGCCCCAGGAGGAGGCUACUUUGGGGAAGGUGGUGGUUUGAUCUUGCCUGAUGAAUUUCACUGCACAGGGACAGAACCCCACUUAUGGAACUGUCCAGUGAGCACACUGGGGGCAUCCAAGUGUGCCCUGGGGAAUGUUGCUGGGACCAUCUGCUCAGAUUCUCUCCGUUUGAGGGAUGGACAGAGCCGUUGUGAUGGGAGAGUGGAGAUUUUUCUGCAUGGAGUUUGGGGCCCAGUCCUGGGUGAUGAUUGGGAUCUUAAUGCUACCCACGUGUUAUGUAGGCAACUCCAAUGUGGAAAGGCAGAGAGAGUCUAUACCUCUCUUACCUCAGGCCCAGGGGUGGCCCCUGUGGGUUUGAGCAGGAUGAAAUGCAUGGGCAAUGAAACCCAGCUGAGCCAAUGUAACAUCUCCACAUUUGCCUUGGCUCCAGUGAGGAUCUCUCAGGAAGCUGGUGUCAUCUGCUCAGGGAGCAGAAGGAUCCGGCUGGUGAAUGGGACUGGCCGCUGUGCUGGGCGAGUGGAGAUCUACCACAAUGGCACCUGGGGCACGGUGUGUGAUGAUGCCUGGGACCUCUCCGAUGCCAGUGUGGUGUGCAAACAGCUGGGCUGUGGUGUGGCCCUUAGUGCCAUGGGAUCUGCUUACUAUGGGGCAGGGGCUGGGCCCAUCUGGCUAGAUGAGCUGAGAUGCUCUGGAAAUGAGUCUGAGCUCUGGCAUUGCCCAUUUCAAGGCUGGGGCCAACAUGACUGCAGACAUAAGGAAGAUGCUGGUGUUCUCUGCUCAGACUUUACAGCCAUGAGGCUGGUCAGUGAGGCCUACAGCUGUGCAGGGUGGCUGGAAGUUUUCUACAAUGGAACGUGGGGAACUGUGUGUAGCAACUCCCUGAAGGAACUCUCCCUGGCAAUUAUAUGCAAGCAGUUGGAAUGUGGAAAACAGGGCUGGCUGGAGAAUAAACAAAUGACUCACAGAAGUUCAGAAGUUAGCUGGCUGGACAAAAUUGAAUGCCGCAGCCUGUACACUAACUCUUUGUGGCAGUGCCCGUCAGCCUCCUGGCAUCCACACUCAUGUUCCCCAGGAGAUGAGGCCUGGAUCACGUGUGAUGGAUGGACAAAGAAAACCUCAAAGGGUCCAAGUGAGAGGCUUAACUGUUCAGGAGACCAGGACUGCCCAGGGACGAACAGGCUGCGUGUCAGGGAUGGAGAGGACAGCUGCUCUGGGCGAGUGGAGGUCUGGCAUAGUGGCUCCUGGGGAACUGUGUGUGAUGAUUCCUGGGACCUGGAAGAUGCGGAGGUUGUAUGUAGGCAGCUGGGCUGUGGGUCAGCUGUGUUGGCUUUGGGAGAGGCUGCCUUUGGACCAGGGACAGGGACUGUUUGGCUGGAUGAAGUGCGGUGUAAGGGGACUGAAUCGUCUCUGUGGGACUGUCCUGCAGAGCCCUGGGGACACAGUGACUGUGGUCACAAGGAAGAUGCAGCUGUGAAUUGCUCUGGUAGGAGAGUGAAGACAGUGCUACUGCCUGGAAGAGGUUUCCUGUCACCAGCCCAAGAAGGGGAUAAUUUACUAAGGAUCAGCUGUUUUGUCCUUGCAAUACUUCUCUGCUUUGUUUUAAUAUUCCUGGGGGCUCAGAUGUGGAACAAGAAAGGAUCCUGCCAGAUUUCCAGGACAAGUCAGAGUCCUUUCACUGAGGACAUCUAUGAGGACCUUGCAGUGGGGGAAAAAUAUGAAGAGGUGGAAGAGAAAGAUACCAGUUUUUCAGAAGAAGAAUAUGAUGAUAUUGAAAAAAGUGAUAUACAUCUGACUGAGAAAGAAGAUGAUGGAGAAGAGGAGGAGAAAGCUGUCACUUCCUCAGGCUUGGCAUCUCAUCUUAUGGACACCAAUGAGCUUCUUGUGGAAGAAAGUGAUCAGUCUUUGCCUCCUGGAUAUGAUGAUGUUGAGCUGGGUAUUUUAGGAAUGUCAUUGUACCAAGAGAAUUUAAAAUAA